AGAUGCACGAAACGCAUAUCGGAGCAGCGGUUUUCGAUGAAUGCAGGCAUCAGGAAAAGGAUUUUAUACGUAGGCAUCACCCAUCACUGAGAAAUUUUCGAUCGGCUUGUGCCGUAUCGAGCAGAGUAGAUUGGUGGAAAUCGUGUCAAAAAUGUCCACCUUCAUACUCACAACAGGGCUCGUUUCUCCAGUUUUUCCUGAAUCUGUAAAAUACCAUGGCAUCACCAUGCGAGGAAUAUCGUGUGCACUUAGGCGUUGGCCCUUGAAAUUACCCAGCUCAAGUUUUGGCAAGAAGUUUUCGGAAAAUUUGGGGUUCGUUAGACGGGCUGGAACGGUUUAUGGGAAGGAGUUACGAGUAUGUUGGUGUCAGAAAGAUUCUACGGAUUUAGUGAGCGAGGAGAAUGACUUCUCAGAGGGCGAUUCAUCGCAGGAUGUGGAGAGUGAGGUUGGAUCAUCUUCUCAGGUAGAAGGAUUCUCGAGGCUGCCAUCCUCAGUUCCAUGGGGCGCUGGAGAAGUGGUCACCACCAUGGUUAUCUUUUGGGCCGUGUUUCACAUACCUUUGGGACUCGGAGGCCUCGACAUUGUUGCGAAGGUUCUGCCUCAGCAGUCGCUAGAUCCGCAGACACAGGCCGUGUCUUUAGUGUUUGUUCAGCUACUUGAACUGACGGGCACAGUUUGGUUGAUAAAUUCCACAAUUCAGCCUUUUGGUCCCGUGCCCACUUCUCUCAACUUCCGUUUCAAUGAAGUGUGGAGGGAAAAGGGCUGGUUACCCGCGUCCGCCACUGGCCUGCUGGUUCUUCUGGUUGCAGUGGCUGCAAUGGCAAGCGUCACUCAAGGCGUUUCAACCACCGAGGUAAGCAAUGGGUCCUCUGCUCUAACAAGUCUGCUAAACAGCACACCGCUUGCACGCGUGGCAAUUUACAUGGCAUAUUGCGGCCUCACCCCAGUUUUAGAAGAGUAUGUUUACAGGGGAUUCCUACUCUCGUCUCUAGCGACUUACAUGAGAUGGCCACUAGCGAUCUUACUUAGCGCCUUCUUGUUCUCUUUGAGCCAUCUUUCCCCACAGGGAUUUCUGCCCCUUUUUUGUGUUGGGUGUUGCUUGGGAACCGCAUACACCUGGAAUGGAAACUUGGCAACAUCCUUUGUGAUUCACAGUCUUUACAAUGCAGUUGUGCUUACAAAAGCCUUGCUCUAUUGGACCUUCCUUGCCUGGCCUCUGGAUGUUGACACAGGAUGUUUAGUGUGUGUGUGUGUUUGAGUCCUUGAUAAAUUC